AUGGCCCAAGUACACACUCAACUGGCGGCCCUGACGAUAGGUGCCGAUCCACACGCCGACGAGCCAGCCUCCUCGCAAGCAAUUCCAGUCCCGCAGCGGGCCACAGCGCCCGAAUCAAAGAGUCGAACCCGCCUCGCUCUCGACGCGUACUCGCCUGUCAACCAAAACGGUAGCUUCGAGUUUGAUAGGGUAAUCAAGAGUGGUUAUGUGCAGAAGCGCACAACAAAGACAAAGACAUGGCGAACGAUCUACCUCGUGCUUCGGCCAAAUACACUCUCCAUAUACAAAUCGGACAAGGAGGAGAAACUGCGGAGCAAGGUCUACCUGUCAGACCUGACCGCGGUCACGCUAUUAAAAGAUCCCAAGAACAAGCGGCCGAACGUGUUCGGGUUAUUUUCUCCCGCAAAGAACUUCCAUUUCCAGGCGGCGACGCUUCAGGACGCCCAGGAGUGGGUCGAGUUGAUACGGCAGGAUGCGAGGAUAGAAGAAGAGGAGGAAGAGAUGUUUCUGGCGAGCCCGUCCGUCCGCCAACCCCGCCCAUUCUUUCAGGGCAUCGAACCCGACAACGUCGACCCACAACGCACCCUAGCAUCCCCCGAACACUUCUUGUCGAGCUCGCCCGAACCGUUUGAGCCCCCGAUCCGAAAUAUUGCCAAGCCGUCCGUCCGGCGGGCGUCGCACAUGGACUCGUCUGGCCUUUCGGGGGCCGAGUUAGCGAGCCAUUCAGACUUCUCAGACUCUGAUCUCCACCGAGUCCCGGGCGCUUCUUUCGAGAGCCUGGCCGUUCAACAGCCAUUGGGGGCCUCUCCGGGGCCAUCGAGAACUAGUCUCGGGGCUCUAGCCGGCAAUCGAGUUAGCGGAACGCAUCAGGAUACAGACCACCCAGAUCGUGUGAUUUGGCAAGGCUGGAUGUGGUUCCACCGCAGCAAGGGCGGCGUACGGCAAUGGAAGAAAUCAUGGGGCGUGUUGCGGCCCAGGAACUUCAUCCUCUACAAGGACGAUGCUGAGUCGUCCGUUCUGUUCCUGCUCUACAUGGGGUCCAUUGUCAACGUGGUUGAAACGGACUCCAAGAGCCGCACCAAGAAGCACUGCUUGCAGAUCAUCACGGACGAGAAGAGCUACCGUUUCUCCACCCACGACGAGGAAGCGCUCGUGCGGUGUUUGGGGGCGUUCAAGAGCCUGCUAGCCAAGCGGCGGGAACGAGAAGCCAAGGCGGCAGUGGUCCCCAAUACCGCAACGACGGCAACGACAGCCGCAACAGCAGCGCCCACGACGACAACAACAUCCGGAACCACCACGGCAACAACCACGGCCACGACAACCGGAGCCAUCCCUAUUCCAUCAAACGCAUAA